UGCACCUUAUCUCCUUUGUUGUUGUUGUCUUUGGCUGCUCUCUAUUUUGAUCCUUCAUCCGUUUGCUUCUCAAUCUGAUGUUUGAAUGGUUUGUGGCGAUUCACUCCUUGUCUAUAUCUUAGAGGUCCGGUCGAGUCCUCGUUUCUCACUUGCUUCUUCAAAGGUGUCUCCUUGUCACUCCUUUAGAGAGUUCGAGUCAUCCGUUACCGGAUAAAAGUAAGAACGCUGUGUUAUGUUCUCCGGUUUGAAGCUUAGGUUAUCUGGUUCACCUGUUAUGCGUAUUCACUAUGGGAGGUUUCUUGUUCUUCUUCAAAUAUGCGACUGGAGUUUGGUGUUUAUGGAUUUGGAGCUUUCUUCCUCUUCGUUUUAGCUUGCUUUUAUCCUUACUUUUGCUUUGAACCUCUUAAUCACCAUGUAUGUUUUAUCUAGUUUGUCUUAAUGUGCUUUCCUUGGUGAGGGCUUUAUCUCCGGAGAACUUGUUUCUACCGGCUUAGUUUCAAGGGAAAUCCUUUAUUUCCGCCGGCCUUGAUGUCUGAUCUUUGUUGUUGUAAAAUACCUUGUUUAAUAUAAUCAUCUAGUGUUUAUAAAACAUUUGCACAGAAAAUAACUAUUUCUACUAAAUGAUUUUUUUGUCUAACGGUCCUCUGUUUUUGGAAUAUCAAGUGUCCAUAAUUGAGUUUAAAUAGUUUCAACGAAAUAGAAAAGAGUAAAAGAAAGAGUCGAAAAAUGGAAGGCAAAAAGCGAGGUAGGAGGAGGAGACGACGACGACAGUUAUGCCGUCACACAGGAAACAGGCGUAAUAAUCUCCUUCCACACUCUAUUCUCUCGCCGGAGAUUUAUACUUAAUCCACUCCCUUUCCAUAUACACGUUGAAAAAAUCUUCCCUAUACAAAUCUUCCUCACAUUAUGCAACUUAGUCGGAGAUGACUCCUUCUUUCAACGCCAGACCUAAGCAGAGCAAAGCUACGAGGCCCCCGCCGUUGGAACUGCCGAGCGCCGUUGCUCAUCGCCCCCCACAAAGGCGAGAUGUAGCUUCGCGAUACCUGGAGCCAACCUCUUCUUCUUCUUCUUCUUUACUCCAGUCAUCACCGUACUCGACAGCUAAGAGAUGUGAAUCGCCGAACGUUACAAGAACGAAUCGACCGGCGACUCCCUCUUCUUCUGUGGCUACAAACCGGCCGCAAUCGACGGGGCGGAGACAGCCGGUGACACUCUCACGUGGAGGUGGUGGUGCAGCGGAGAGAAUGUUGUUGACUUCUGGGAGAAGCUUGUUCGCCUCGUUUCAAGCGAAUGAGAACAUAUCAAAGCUAUAUCCAUCGCCGCCGCCAAAGUCGAACCUCUCUGAUCAAUGGCCUAGGUCGUCUCUCCAACCUAACUGUCUCAGUAGAAGCGUAGACUUCACGGAAACGUUGAAGAAACCAAAAGGAUCUUGCAAUAGCGUAGCUAGAGCUCUGCAUAAUUCAUCCAAUUCCAUGAUCCCUCGGAAGAUCUUUGAGCAUUCCACCACGAUGAUUCCAAAGCUUGAGCAGAUUACUCGACCUUGGAUGUUUGGUAUGACUCCAAGUGCUAGGGGAGCCAGCAUCGCCAGGGGACUAAGCCCUUCCAGAGGGAUUAGUCCUUCAGGGAGGAUGGUGAGCCCACUUAGAGUGAGAAAGAAAGAGAAGAGCAGAGAGAAUGGUGGUGUUGCAGAUGAUGCUCACGUGUUAAAGCUCUUGCAUAAUAGGCUGCUGCAGUGGCGAUUUGCUAAUGCACGAGCAAGUCCUGUUUUCUCUGCACAGAAGAUGACAACAGAGAAAAGAUUGUACAACUCAAGGAUAAGCAUCUCUAAGCUGUAUGAUUCCGUCAGAGCGAAAAGAAUCGAAACGCAGCGCCUUAAGCUGAAUUUGAAAUUGAUAUUUAUUCUCAAUAGGCAGAUGGGAAAUCUAGAAGAGUGGCUUGUUGUGGAGAGGGAUUAUGUGAGUUCUUUAGUAGGAGCUGCAGAAGGGUUGAAAGGCAGCACGCUUUGUCUACCUGUUGAUUGCGUGGCAAAGGUAAAUGGACAAAGUGUUAAAGAUGCCAUUUCUUCAGCAGUUGAUGUUAUGCAGGCAAUGGCUUCUUCCAUAUGCAUGUUGCUGCCAAAGGUAGAGAAAAUAAGUUGCUUGGCAGCAGACCUUGCUCGUGUGAAUAUCAAGGAGCAAGAGAUGCUUGACGUUUCCAGAGAACUCCUAAACACAAUUUCUGCUCUGCAGGUAAAGGAAUGCAGUUUGGAGACACAGGCUAUGCAACUACACCACUAAGCUGUCAAAGUUACUUAACAAAACCAAGUGUACGUAAGAAAGCUACUUCGGUAUGGGACGAGAGAAUGUAAAUGUUUGAUCAUU